AUGUCUCGAGCGUUUCUCCUCCUCCUCGCGCUAUCCGCGUUAUUAGCAGCAGCCGCCGGCGUCGCUGCUGCGACGAAGCCCCCCCGCUCAGGCGGGGUCGCUCUGCGCGGCGGCGACGGCAGCGUGACCGGCGGGACGGCAACAGCAGGCGGGCGCGGCGGCAGCGGUGGUCCGCACGCCGUUUCGCACGGCGAUUCGCGGCACGGCGGGAUUCCCGGCGGCGGGAGUGACGAGGAGAGGGAGGACGGCGACGGAGGCCACGGCGGGCAUGGCGGCCGGGGGCACGGGGAUGUUGGUGGUAGCAGUAGCCAUGGCGGCGGGCUGUGCGGGCGGGGCGGGUGCAGCAACGACGCAGGCGAAGUGGGGUACUGGAAGCUGCCCGACUAUGGCCGCUGCAGCAUUGACACCAGCAGCAGCAGUGGUGGUGCGCCGCGGAAGGCAAACGAGGCGUGGUGUGCGGGGGCGGCUAUGGGCGUGAGGGAGUGCUGCAGCCGAUGCAGUAGCACCAACGUUACCGCCGAUGGCACUCCCUUCAACUGUCUCCACUGGGUGCACAUUCCAUCUCCUGACUCUCACGACCGCCGCAGCAGCGAGCAGCGCGGCAAGUGCGUCCUCAUCCCGGCCGUGGACACUCUCACGCCCGAGAGGGCCCGCAAGGGGCGCUGCGGCACCAACACGGGCGGUGACACGGUGCGCGUGGGGCGGCGGUGCGCGUGUGGCGAGAAUGACCCGCACUUCCUGGGCGCGCACGGCACGCGGUUUGACUUCAACGGGCUGCCAGACCGCUCCUUCUGCCUCUACACUGACCGCCGCGUGCACAUCAACAUGGCCAUGCGUGGGUAUCUGGACGAGCGCCCGCUUGCGCUUGCGCGCGCACCCACCGCUGCUGCUGCUGCUGGUAACCGUAGCGCGCUGGCUGCCGCCCGGUUUGUCAACGGCUUGGCGGUUCGCACGUGGAUCCGACAGCUGGCGAUCAUGUGGCACGACGGCGAGAGCAGCAACAGCAGCAACAGCAGCAGCAGCAGCAGCAGCAGCAGCAGCAGCAGCAGCAGCAGCAGCAGCAGCAGCAGCAGCAGCGUCACUAGUGCAAACGUUAAUGCGUCGUCUCAUUCUCUCGUGCUCACAGCACGGGACGGCAAGGAGCAGACUCGCGGCGCUCAAGGCUUCCUUGCAUCCGCCACUCUUGACGGCAAGCCUCUCCCACGCCUCACCCUUGGCAAGAGCCACGUUCUCUCCAAUGGGCGGCUGGUUCUGUCCUUUGUGGGCCAGGAGAAGACCGGCCCGUUCGACGUGGACGUGUACACCCUCCGCAUGGAAAAUCUCCUGGAGCUCGAGCUGAAGCUGCGCGCGGCGCACCCUCUGUUGCAAACACCUGAGGACGCGCAGGUGCACAUCAACCUGAUGUUUGUGGACUCGAAUCCGAGCAGCCAGGUGCACGGGGUGAUGGGGCAGACGUACCGCAGCGGCAGGGAGCAGAGGACGAUGGAGUUUUCGAGGCUUGCGGCUCUGCUGCACCACCCUGUGUCAGUGGAUGGUGAGGAGGGGAAGGGGUUUCUGGAUGGGGAGGUGGGGGAUUAUGAGACGUCGGGCGUGACUGCUACUGAUUGCAGGUUCACGGCUUUCAAUGGCGGCCAGCUGCCUCGGCUGGCAGAGGAAUGA